AAACAUGUUGUUUAAAACUGUGGUGCAGUCGUCUGAACACAGUGAGAUAACUGACAUCAACAUGGCUGAGUUUGGAGAGAUCCUGCAGAACAUUGGAGAAUUUGGAUUAUUCCAAAAGCUCAUUCUGGUUUCCCUUUGCGGUCCAAAUUUCAUUCAGAAUUUUCUUUUGGCAAGCCUUCUUUUUAUCCAGUCUGAUCCAGAGCGACACUGUAACACAGACUGGAUCCUUCAGGCUGACUCUAACCUGACCACAGAUGAGCAGCUGAACCUGACUCUGCCCCGGGAGGAGGAUGGGACCUUCAGCAGGUGUCAGAUGUUUGUUCCUGUGGACUGGGACAUUGGAGACAUCAGGGAGUACGGACUCAAUGAGACCACAGGGUGCCACAAUGGAUGGGUCUAUGGCAACAGCCUGUAUGAGGCCACCAUAGUCACUGAUUUUGAUCUUGUUUGUGACAAAGCUAAGUUGGUGGAAACGAUUCAAGCUGUGUUCUUGGGCGGUUCUGCUGUUGGUGUUUUAAUAUUUGGACCUUUUGCUGAAUCGUUUGGCCGCAAACGAGUAACUCAGGCUGGAGCAGUUAUAGCAUUCAUAUUUUGUGUAACUACAGCGCUAUGUCCCAAUGUUUACUUAUAUAUAGCAUCACAGUUCUUGUUGACACUUGGAUUUGGAGGAUAUCGACUCAACUGUAUCAUAUUGGUUACUGAGUGGAUCGGGCCAUCCAAAAGAUCAUGGGGAUCAUGUGUGGCUUUGCUAUGUGUUGCAAUCGGGCAGUGCAUCCUCGCUGGUGUGGCCUACGCCAUCCGACACUGGAGACUAACUCAACUAAUCACAGCAGUUCCACUUGCAGUACUUGCCAGCUCCGUAUGGUUUAUUCCGGAGUCAGCUCGAUGGCUGUUAAGCAGAGGAAGGACAGAAGAGGCGAAACAGUUGAUUGUCAAGGCAGCAACCAUCAACAAACGCACUGUUCCAGACUCUCUUUUGGAAAAGAUUGUAAUAAAUGAUGCUGUGCAAAAAGGAGGUAUAAAAAUCAUUUUCAGAUCUUCUAUCCUGACCAGAUAUUUGUUCAUUGUUGGAUUGGCAUGGUUUUCAAUGACCCUUGGCUACUUCUCCCUGUACUUCAAUAUGGAAACAUUUGGAUUGAGCAUCUUCUUGACACAGCUAUUGUUUGGUGCAAUUGAAAUACCAGCUAAUUUACUCGCAGUGUGGCUGUUGGAGGUUAUUGGGAGAAGAAUAUCAUACAUAUCCACACUUUUGGCAGGAGGACUUGCUUCAAUAUUAAUGCUAGCUGUUCCUGAAGGACAUGCCAUUGCUUUGACAUCUUUAGCUGUUGCAGCUCGUUUUUUUUUUGUCUGGGCUGGAUCUGUAGCUGUUGUCUUUACGCAGGAGCUGUUUCCGACAUCUGUUCGACAAUCAGCCACAGCUUUAGCAGUCAUGUCAGGAAGACUAGGUGCACUACUGGCUCCACUGCUCAACAUCUUGUCCAUCUACCACUGGUCCAUACCCAUCACAGUCCUCAGCAGCUUGACCCUGAUUAGUGGAGCGCUCGGCUUCCUGCUUCCUGAGACCAGGAGAAAAGAGCUUCCUGAGUCCACUGAGGAGGCUGAGAACAACAGAAAUGUGACCUCCACAAAAACAGAAAGUCUCGAGCAAGAAUCAACCAAGUUGUAGACAUGUGUCUGAUGAUUUAUUUCAUUAAAAGUAUGUAAUGCUUUUGCUUAAAAUAAUACAUCACUCAUCACUAACUGUACAUAAGUGCAGGGACUGCCCAUUGAGUCUCACCUAGAUAAUUAAAUCCUUUAAAAAUCAGAUUUUGGACGACAUGACUGUUUGUCUGACAAGGCCGGAUAAAAUAUAUUUUUUAAAUAUAUAGAAAAAAGUGAUCAGAAUCAGAAAGCCUUUAUUGUCAUUGCCCAGGGUAGUACAACAAAAUUUGCCAUCAACCCGUCCAAAACAUAUAAACAAACACAAACAAUAUGACAGAGGUGAACAGGACAGGAAGACAGAGAUAAGGAGAAAGAAAUACAACACAACACGAGGGGAUGAAAGGAGGAAAAAAUCAUCACUGCAGCAAGGCAUUGAGUCAGGGCUGUUUGGUGGGAGGCCAGAUAAGAUUGGAAUUUGGGCUGUAGGCGAAAGUGGCUGCAAUUUUCUGCUACUCAUCUUGUCGAUAAUGUCCAUACUGACUCCCGGAUCGAUCCAGUCGCUUUUCCAGAGCCGUCAGUCGCUCCUUGAUUUAAUCCAAAGUGCGGUUUGUUUCUGUGUAUCUCGAUAAACCAGAGCAAUGCCUAAUCCAAUCAGCAAAAGACCUGUUAUCAAGGUUCCGAAAAGAUAGAAAUCUUCGAUGUCCUCUACGGAGAGAGCCGCCAGGCACACGACACGCCACCUCUCCCACGCGUCCAUUGUGUAGCCAGCUACAAACGUCCCGUCAGGGCAGGGGGGUUCCCCCGAACCCCGGCUUCUCAUCGAGAAGAUGGUGUCAAUUGAGUUGAGAGCCCAGGGGCCUCAUGUAUCAAAGAGUGCGUAGCUUUCAAAGAAAGAUGGCGUACUCCCAAAACUAGAAAAGUACGUAUGCAAAGUCACUUCCACAUGUAUCAAACUGUGUUUACGCCAGGUUCAGUGCACCUUUCCUUGAUACAUCCCAACCAGCGGGGAACUGAGCGCACAUGCACGAGCCACCAACCACGCCCCGGCUCCUCCAGAAAAUGAAUACGCAGAUGACAUGCAAAUGACUAGAAAUCUCCGGCAUGCCUGCUGAUUAUCGACAAAACAAUGGCAAAUCAACUUACUGCCACUGCGCGUGAGGUGGACGUGGUGAUCUCCGGGUUGGAGGCAGGAAAAAUUAGCUUUUUAGUGCCUCAGCUCUGGGAUCAGCAACAAGGUUGUUAACGCAGCCGGAUCAGAGACCUGCACCAUGGCAGAAGUGUCCCUCAACACACGAUCUUUCUAAACGCCAAUGUUAUUGAAUUUAGUCAGAGCCGUUAGAGCUGCCAGUGCGUAAUGCUGCCAAAAUAAUUUUUACGCAUCAGUUUAUAAGCCACACUUAACUUGUUGUCCCGAUUAAACAUGACAUACGGGAUCAAAUAUCCACCACACCUGAGUUAUUCUGAAAGGAUUUCCCACACACAUUUUUUCUCCGGGGAGAGGAAUCUGUGCGUCAUGGAUCGCUGUGCACCUGCAACAUCUCCAUGUUAAACCAAAGGGGAAGCGGUCAGCGAUCGGCACUUUGACACAAUAAUUAAGGCAGGUUAUCUGUGAAAAGUGUGAGCGCUCCAUAAUCAGAAUCACAAGACCUUUAUUGAUCUCCGGAGGGAAAUUCGGUACAUAGCAAACGUAAACUCUUAAAAACCUCAUAAUGUUGUGAUAUUAAAGGUCCCCUGUCGUGAAAAAUGUGUUUUUUCUGGCCUAUACAUAUAUUCUUUAGUCAUCCAUCAGCCAACUGAGAGUGUCAAAAGCUAAAGCCUCUGAAUUGUCUUGUGGGUGGGCCAUGGGGGCUGUAGGGCCUCCUAUAGGCCGUUUGGAUUUGCCUCCCAUUUGUGCGUACAUACAGGUAAUAUGGAGAUUGAAACACACCAACAUAUCUAAACAUGUACCCUCUAAACCAGGGGUGUCCAACUUAUCCAAGACAGGGCUUGUGUGGCUGCAGGAUUUCAUUUCCACAAAGCGGAAGCACACUUGACUCGUUCGACCACCAUAAAUGUCUUCACUCAGUUAAUUUGUUGAAUCAGGUGUGCUCUUGCUUGUUAGCAACAAAAUCCUUCAGCCUCACCAGUCCCGUAUUGGAUCAGUUUGACACCCCUGGUUUUAAUUGUGGGACUAUAUAACAUUACAACAUACUGUCACUGAAUUCCAUACAGGCACUUUGUUCAUGCCUAUUGCAAUAAAGGAGCUGUUGUUUAUCUUGUGGUUACUGUGGUCUUCACAUUUAAUUUACAGUGAUGCAUAAUGAAAAUAGAUACAAAACUGUGUACUUUUCUACAUAGUGAUAACAUAACACAAGCAUAUGUUUUACUCACAUUCACUGGCAUGUACAGUAUAAUUAAAGUCAUGUUGACAAUAUCAUUAUUUGGCAAAAAUUAUCCUUUGAUGCAAAAGAUACUUACUGCGCUAAACCUCUCGUCAGCUUUAUUAAUGUUCAUUGCAUUCAUCACAAAAUUACCAAAACAAGACACAAAAUUACCCAAAAAAGUAAUUAAAGGGACCUUCCACACACAACAAGGUAAAGUGCCAUUCAUAUAAAACUCACAUUAAACUUUCAUAUCAAGGUGAGGGCCACAAAAUAUCGUCACGAGGGCCGUAAUUGGCCCGUGGGCCGCAAGUUUGAGACCCAUGCUCUAACCCCAGUUAGAGUAAAAUAGAAGAUACGGCAUGUGUCAUUAUAGAACUUUUACCCUUUCACCUUGUGUUUUCACUUCGUAAAAGUUAAUUUUAACAAUUUGGUCAAUGUCUUGUUUAGUGUUCAGUUGGCCUAAAAGACGCAAUUUUCCCGUGCCUUCUGAACUUAAUGAGCAUGUGUCUUAUGCUGUUGACUUUUUUUUUUUUUAUUAUAUUUUUUUAGAGAAUUGUAUGCACCUAU